CAACGACCAACGACUUUCACGACCCCACCACGCCAAAAUGAGGGUUGUCGAGGUUAUAAUUGACGGUUUUAAAUCGUACGCUGUACGAACUGUGAUUUCCGGAUGGGACGAGAGCUUCAAUUCGAUUACAGGUCUUAAUGGGAGUGGUAAAUCCAAUAUUCUGGACUCAAUAUGUUUUGUUUUGGGUAUUACGAACAUGACCACGGUCCGCGCGCAGAAUCUCCAGGAUCUUAUUUACAAGCGUGGACAAGCUGGAGUUACCAAGGCCAGUGUGACGAUUGUUUUUGACAACCGCGACAAGAAGAAGUCUCCUAUCGGAUUCGAGGAAUAUGCCCAGAUCAGUGUUACCAGACAGAUUGUCCUCGGAGGCACAAGUAAAUACCUCAUCAAUGGUCACCGAGCGCAGCAGCAGACUGUCCAGAACCUUUUCCAGUCUGUUCAACUCAACAUCAACAACCCCAAUUUCCUCAUCAUGCAAGGUCGCAUUACAAAGGUGCUGAACAUGAAGCCGGUUGAGAUUCUCGCCAUGAUCGAGGAGGCGGCUGGUACACGAAUGUUUGAGGAUCGAAGGGACAAAGCUUUUAAGACGAUGGCCAAGAAAGAGAUGAAGGUCCAGGAGAUCACGGAGUUAUUGAAGGACGAGAUAGAACCUAAGCUGGAGAAAUUACGGACGGAAAAAAGGGCCUUUUUGGAUUUCCAACAAACGCAAAAUGAUCUGGAGCGAUUAACUAGGAUGGUUGUAGCGCACGACUAUAUCAAAAACCAAGAAAAGUUGAAGCAGUCGGCGAACGACUUGGAGCUCAAGAAACAACGGGCCCAGGAUUUGGAGGAAUCCGCUAUCCGGCUGAAAAAUGAGAUUGACAAUCUCGCCGAGGAUCUCAAAGCCGUGAAGGCACAACGAGAGAAGGAACUGCGCAAAGGCGGAAAAGCCCAGGCACUUGAAGAAGAAGUAAAGAAACAUUCUCACGAGCUGGUUCGACUUUCAACAGUCAUAGACCUCAAAAAGUCAAGCAUGGUUGAGGAAAAGGAGCGUAAAUCCACCAUCCAAAAAUCUGUUUCCGAACUCGAGACACUGUUAAAGCAAAAGACAAAAGUCUACGACAAACUACAGGCACAGUAUGACGGAGCAAAGGAGGAACUCGAGAAGCUAAGUCGGGAAGCUGAGACGAAGGAGGAGCUGCUUCAGACUCUGCAGACCGGUGUUGCCUCAAAGGAAGGACAAGAGAGUGGAUAUCAGGGUCAGCUCCAGGAUGCACGCAAUCGAGCAAGUGCUGCGUCAACAGAGCAGGAACAGGCCAAGCUCAAGAUGGCGCAUCUUGAGAAGCGUAUCAAGGAAGAGGAACCACGGGCGAAGAAGGCGAAAGAGCAAAACGCUAGCCUAUUCAACGAUCUCGAAGGGCUACGAUCACAAGCCCAGAAGCUGGAAAGAGAGCUUGCUAAACUGGGCUUUGAGCCCGGCAAGGAGGAUGAAAUGUAUAAGCAAGAGUCUACUCUUCAGCAGACGAUCCGAAAGCUUCGCGAGCAAUCCGAUGGUAUGAAGCGCAAAGUUGCCAACAUCGACUUCAAUUACUCUGAUCCAACCCCUGGUUUCGAUCGGUCGAAGGUCAAGGGUUUGGUGGCUCAGCUAUUUACCCUAGACAAGAACCACACGGCUGCUGGAACUGCUCUCGAGAUCUGUGCUGGAGGUCGCCUGUAUAAUGUGGUCGUUGAUACCGAAGUCACUGGUACCCAAUUGCUGCAGAAUGGCAAGCUUAGGAAACGUGUAACCAUCAUUCCUUUAAACAAGAUCGCCUCUUUCAGGGCGUCUGCGGAAAAGAUUGCUACAGCGCAGAAAAUUGCCCCCGGAAAAGUCGAUCUCGCAUUAUCUCUAGUUGGUUAUGAUGAGGAGGUAUCAAAUGCUAUGGACUAUGUCUUUGGUAAUACCUUGAUCUGUGCAGACGCUGCGACAGCCAAGCGAGUCACAUUCGAUCCUGCGGUCCGGAUGAAGAGCAUCACUCUCGAAGGUGAUUCGUAUGAUCCAUCUGGAACUCUAUCUGGUGGCAGUUCGCCCAAUUCCAGCGGGGUCCUGGUCACCCUGCAGAAGCUGAACGAACUAACCAAGGAGAUUGGGGUGCAAGAACAAGCUUUGGCAGAUCUCCAAGCUACAAUAGCCCGAGAGAAGAAAAAGCUUGACCAGGCACGAAAGAUCAAGCAGGAAUUAGAUCUCAAAUCCCACGAGAUCAAGCUCACCGAAGAGCAGAUUGGCGGCAAUUCCUCUUCGUCCAUCAUCCAAGAGGUUGAGAACAUGAAAACGGCAAUCACACAGCUUAAGUCUGAUCUUACAGAGGCCAAAAAGCGACAAGAAGAAGCAAACAAGGAUAUCAAGCGCAUCGAGAAGGACAUGAAAGACUUCGAUAACAAUAAGGAUGGCAAGCUUGUAGAAUUACAAAGCUCUCUCGACGCCUUAAGAAAGGUUCUGGCCAAGAACUCCGCAUCUGUUAAGGGUGUACAGAAGGAGUUGCAGGAGGCUAGGCUGGAGUCCGAACAAGUUGGCGGUGAUCUUACUGCUGCUCAGGAACAGCUCCAAGAGGUUGAACAGACUUUGAAGGCUCAGGAAGAGGAAAUUGCCGGGCUGGUGUCCGAACAGAAACAAGUCAAGGAUACCCACGAUAUUGCUCAAGCCCACCUUAACGACGAGCGCGCAAAACUAACUGGCUUUGACGAGGAACUCCGCUCGCUGGAGGAAGCCUCACGAUCAAAAUCAGCCCGCAUUACGGAAGAGGGUCUGGAGAUGCAGAGGCUCGGUCACCAGAUUGAGAAAUUUCAUAAGGAGCAACAAGCCGCCGAGCAAACUGUAGCGCAUAUGGAGAAGGAGUAUGAGUGGAUUGCGGAUGAAAAGGACAAUUUUGGCAAGACUGGAACGCCAUAUGACUUCAAAGGUCAAAACAUCGCCGAGUGCAAGGCCUCAUUAAGGAAUCUCACCGAGCGUUUCCAAGGCAUGAAAAAGAAGAUCAAUCCAAAAGUUAUGAACAUGAUAGAUAGCGUGGAGAAGAAAGAGGUGGCACUGAAAAACAUGAUGCGGACUGUCAUCAGGGACAAGAAGAAGAUCGAGGAGACGAUCGUCAGUUUGGAUGAGUACAAGAAGAAGGCUCUCCAAGAGACAUGGCAGAAGGUCAAUGGAGACUUCGGUCAGAUCUUCGCCGAGUUACUGCCGGGUAGCUUUGCGAAGCUUGAGCCUCCCGAGGGCAAGACCAUUAAUGAGGGUCUUGAGGUCAAAGUCAGCUUGGGUAAAGUUUGGAAGCAGUCAUUGACAGAAUUGUCGGGUGGGCAGCGUUCACUCAUCGCUCUCUCCCUUAUAAUGGCCCUCUUGCAAUUCAAGCCAGCGCCAAUGUAUAUCCUAGACGAAGUGGAUGCAGCUCUGGAUCUCUCGCACACCCAAAAUAUCGGGCGGCUCAUCAAGACGAGGUUUAAGGGCAGUCAGUUCAUCGUGGUUAGUCUGAAGGAUGGCAUGUUCCAGAAUGCCAACAGGAUCUUCAGAACGAGGUUCAGUGAGGGCACAAGUGUAGUGCAAGCCCUUACUCCUGCAGAUUUCAAGUGACGACAGUAUCAAAUAUUGGGCGGGGUGCCGUUGGAGGUCAACAUCAAAUAUCUGGGUAGCAUAUUGGGGAUUGGAGUUUGGGUUAUAGGCAUUACCUUGAGUGGUCUUGAUGAUUGUAUGAACUAUACCUAGGAAUGUGUAUGAAGCAUUUUGAUCAUGCGUCGCUCCCCGAGAACCCCCCUGUAUGAAGAGAAGAUGAAGUUAAAAAUUCGAGAUGUCCGAAUUCAGCCGUUGUCAGUACGUGUGGUUUGAGCGACAAAGAAGGGGGCGAGGUCAGGGGUAAUUUUAUAGGUAGACAGUCCAUAACACUAAAGCCACUCCCGGCCCCGAUGAUUCCCCG